GUGCGCCCCGCGAUGGAGCGGGCUGUGGUGGGAGCCUCCAUGGAGUCUCCCUCAACCAUUCCGGACCAGGAGACGGUGGCAGGCGGUAGAAAGGCCUGGGCAGUGCCAGCGCCCCGGGCUGCUAGCACAGGACGGCGGCGCCCAGGGACGCCCCAGGGCAGGCCUCCGCCCCUCCAACCGGCGGGAGCCCAGCUCCCUCCAUCUUGGUUGAUGGAGGCGGGGAGCUGUGUCUGGGUGUCUCCACCGUCGCGCCCGACCAGUACUGCCCCGCGGACGCAGACGCCGGCAGCUGGGGCUGUUCCCUUGGCCGAAUGGCAGAGCCCAGUCAGGGCUUCCGGGGACAAGUCCUAGCCCCACGGCGUUCGGUUUUGAGGGGUCCCAAGUUCCCACAGUCGUCCCGACAAAAUGGAGGACGUCGUCUCCUCCUGCUGCAGCCACGGCGGGAGGUGGGGGACUAUUCCCCAGGGGCGCGGCGAGGGUGGAAGGGCCUCCACUGACCGCAGCGCACUCAAGAUUCCAGUUCAACCGCGGCCCCGAAAGCUCACUUGGCCCCACUCCAGCACCUCCCCGGCCUCGGCCCUCUUGGGGUCCUUCAAGGAACUGGACACGGAGGGCGCUGGGGCAUCCAGGCCGCCGCUCUCCUCGAGCAGGGCGCUGCAGCAGCCUGGGCGCCGGGGCUCGGGCGAGGGCAGGCGACCCCGCCGGAGUCUCCCGGGCUCUGUAGGUCCCGGAGAGCCCCGGCCCCCAAGGGGCCGAAGCGGGCCGCUGCGACGGGCGGCGAAUCUCGGGCUCCUGACUCUGGCGGACCCGGUGGGUGGGGGCGGGAGACCAGCGGAGAGAGAACUCGGCCGGAAGCUGAGGGCUGGCAGAGGCGGGAGUGGAACUGCAGGGCCGCGGGUGUGGCCCGCACCUGACGGACGGCCCUUCGGACUACCCCACCGAGGGGGGGCCCUGAAGGACGGCCGUCGGAGCCAAUGGGCGUGCCCGAGGCACCCAGGCCCGCCUCCCCCGCCAGCCAACGAGCGCACGGAAGGUGGGGCCUCCUCGGGCUCUGCAGCGCCGCUGCCUGCUUCUCCGCCUCCUCACCAGCGCGAAAGCCGGGACUGGACCGAGCGGAGUUGUGCUUGUCGCCGAAGCGGGGUGGGCCGAAGGAGGGGAGGUUCGUUCCGCGGAGCCGCAGCCAGAACCGGGACCAGGAAUCAUCUUCAAGCGUAUGUCGUGAGGCUUUGGCAGAAAUUAAGAAGGAAAUAUCUCCAUUGUUCAUUGGCAUGGAUAAAUGUUCAGUGGGAGGAUUAGAAUUGACUGAACAGAGUCCUGCGUUAUUAGGGAAUAUGGCCAUGGCAACUAGUCUCAUGGACAUAGGGGAUUCAUUUGGUCAUCCAGCUUGUCCUUUAGUCAGUAGAUCUAGGAACUCACCAGUGGAAGAUGAUGACGAUGAUGAUGUUGUGUUUAUUGAAUCUAUACAACCUCCUUCAAUUUCUGCUCCAGCAAUAGCUGAUCAAAGCAACUUUGUAUUUGCAUCAUCAAAAAAUGAAAAGCCUCAAGGAAAUUAUUCUGUAAUUCCUCCUUCUUCAAGAGAUUUGGCAUCUCAGAAAGGAAAUAUAAGUGAGACAAUUGUUAUUGAUGAUGAAGAGGACAUAGAAACAAAUGGAGGAGCAGAGAAAAAUUCUUCCCGUUUUAUUGAAUGGGGACUUCCUGGAACUAAAAACAAAACCAAAGAUUUGGAUUUCUCCACUUCCAGUCUUUCAAGAAGUAAGACCAAGACUGGAGUAAGACCUUUUAACCCUGGUAGGAUGAAUGUGGCAGGAGACUUAUUUCAGAAUGGAGAAUUUGCAACUCAUCAUAGUCCUGAUUCUUGGAUCUCCCAGUCAGCUUCAUUUCCCCGUAAUCAGAAACAGCCAGGGGUGGAUUCUUUAUCACCAGUGGCCUUACUUCGUAAGCAGAAUUUCCAGCCUACAGCCCAACAACAACUUACUAAACGAGCUAAAAUCACUUGUGCAAAUUGCAAAAAGCCUUUACAGAAGGGACAGACAGCUUAUCAACGAAAAGGAUCAGCUCACCUCUUUUGCUCUACCACCUGCCUUUCUUCCUUCUCUCAUAAACGUACUCAAAACACACGAAGUAUAAUAUGUAAAAAAGAUGCAUCUACAAAGAAGGCUAAUGUUGUUCUUCCAGUAGAAUCAAGCAAAUCCUUCCAAGAAUUUUGUAGUACAUCUUGUUUGUCUCCCUGUGAAAACAACCGGAAUCUUAAAAAAGGAAUUUUUAAUAAGUCAAGAUGUACAAUUUGUAGUAAAUUAGCAGAGAUUCGCCAUGAAGUCAGCGUAAAUAAUGUAACACAUAAACUGUGCAGUAACCAUUGCUUUAAUAAGUACAGAUUGGCCAAUGGUCUAAUAAUGAACUGCUGUGAACACUGUGGAGAGUACAUGCCUAGUAAGAGUACUGGAAACAACAUCCUGGUGUUUGGAGGUCAGCAGAAGAGAUUUUGCUGCCAAAGUUGUAUUAACGAAUAUAAACAGAUGAUGGAAACAAAAUCAAAAAAAUUAACAGCAUCAGAAAAUAGAAAAAGGAAUGCUUUUAGAGAAGAAAAUGAGAAACAAUUCUGUGGAUCGUCAAAUACACUUUUGAAAAAAAUAGAGGGAAUCCCAGAAAAAAAGGAAAAGACUUCACAGCUACAGCUUUCAGUAGAAUGUGGCACGGAUACAUUACUGAUCCAAGAGAAUGUGAAUUUACCUCCUUCUUCCACAUCAACCAUAGCUGAUAUAUUUCAAGAGCAACUGGAAGAGAAAAAUUUUGAAGACUGCAUUGUACCAGUUGUGCUUUCCGCAGAUCCAGGUACGUGGCCCCGAAUUUUGAAUAUUAAACAACGGGACACUCUUGUUGAAAAUGUUCCGCCUCAAGUAAGAAAUUUUAACUUUCCAAAAGAUAAUACAGGGAGGAAGUUUUCAGAAACUUAUUAUACACGGAUUCUUCCAAAUGGCGAAAAAACCACUAGAUCCUGGUUACUUUAUUCGACCUCAAAAGAUUCUGUGUUUUGUCUGUAUUGCAAACUCUUUGGGGAAGGAAAAAAUCAACUGAAAAAUGAAAAUGGGUGCAAAGAUUGGCAACAUUUAUCACAUAUUCUUAGUAAACAUGAAGAAAGUGAAAUGCACAUCAACAAUAGUGUUAAGUACUCAAAAUUAAAAUCUGAUCUGAAAAAAAAUAAAGCUAUUGAUGCUGCAGAACGCAGAUUAUAUGAAAAUGAGAAAAAUGAUGGUGUGCUAUUGUUGUACACGUAAUAUACCUGAUUUGUUUUUUGGCAUGAUGAUCAGAAUCUUACAUUACUCAGAAAACAUCUGUCCUGCAAUAGUCAGUACUAUUGUGUUGUAAGUUUCCUCUACAGUGUAACUUGCAGCAGUUCCUUAACAAUAAGUAUGAUAGCAAAUAAAUAGCAAAGAAUGUUUCCAUUCUAAAUCUAAAACUAAUUAAAUUCAAUCAUCAUUAGGCAGUGACUUCAUUAGGCAAUGAAGAUUAACAAUAGGUAAUUGUUAAUCUUCAAAAUCUAUCGAUUUACACCUAUUUAAAAAUUGGCAUUUAAUGACUGUCAUUUGACGGGUUUGGUUAAUAUUCUGUUCUUGGCCGGGCGCAAUGGCUCACGUCUGUAAUCCCAGAACUUUGGGAGGCCCAGGCGGGUAGAUCAAUUGAGGUCAGAAGUUCAAGACCAGCCUGGCCAACAUGGCAAAACCUCAUCUUUACUAAAAAUACAAAAAUUAGCCAGGUGUGGUGGCACACACCUGUAGUCCCAGCUACUCAGGAGGCUGAGGCAGGAGAAUUGCUUGAACCCAGAAGGCAGAGAUUGCAGUGAGCUGAGACUGCACCACUGCACUCCACCCUGAGCAACAGAGCGAGAGUCAGUCUCGAAAGAAAAAAAAUAUUAUGUUCUAAUUACCUUGAAAGAGGAAAGAAAGGCUUGAAUUGAUCAAUACCAGUUUGAAUAAGAUACUUAUGUGAACAAGCAUUCUCAACAUUAUUAUUAAAAUAAAACUACUCAGUUUACACAAUGGGAUCUGAAACUACAGCUUUUUGCUAUUAAACCAAAUACUGUGGUCUACUUCGUUUGAGCAAAACAGCAUUAUUUGUUAUGUUAAUGAUGGUUAAUUUCCAUUUUAUUGGUUUUAUGUUUAUUUUAAUUUGUAAAUGUUUUAGCAUUUAUUAUUGUAUGUGAACUAUAUUUACCUAUUUUAUGUUGAUAAAAAUAUAAAAAAUAUUAAAAUAAGUAUAUAUUAAGUUAACCUUCAAGUGUUAUGGGCUUUUUUCUCCGUGUGAAAAGAGAUGGCAUGCUUGAAAUUUGAGAUACACCAAUGAAAAUUAAGGAUUUAAGUUAUUUUAGAUGGUCAGCAGCCCCAUCACUGUGUAUUUAGUAACUCUCCCUUCUGUUUCUGAUUUUUGAUGUCAAUUUUGUAAUAUAUUAAAUUUUUAUAUACUAUUCCUGUGAAACAAAA